CUCUCAAUCCCUCUCCCCCUCUUCCUCCUCCUCUUCCUCACAGAAGCCCGGGCUGGGAAUCGGGCUCUAGGGAUCCGCAGCCCCGCAGAGGAGCUUCCAGCCCACAGUGGGCAGAUGGGGACCAGUGCCUGACCCUGACGGAGAAAGGCGAGGGCUAUGGUCAGCUGGCACAAUGACACAGGGCCAGGCCACCAGGGGGAGCAGGAGAGCCCUGAGGACCAACAGAGGUCAGAGUGCAUGCUCGGCUACGUCCCCGUCAUCUACUACAGCAUCCUCCUGUGUGUGGGAGUUCCAGUGAACAUCCUGACGCUGGUAGCCCUGUCCCGUCUGGCCGCGCGCACCCAGAAGGCCCUCUACGUCUACUUGCUGGCGCUGACGGGUGCCGACAUCCUCAGCCAGCUCUUCAUCAUCUUCGUGGGCUUCCUACUGGAGACGGCCGUCUUCCACCGCGAGGUGCCCCAGGUGUUGCUUCGCUCCGUCAGCAUGCUGGAGUUCGCCGCCAACCACGCGUCCAUCUGGGCCACGGUGCCCCUCACCAUCGACCGCUACGUCGCCCUGUGCCACCCACUGCUUCAUCGACAGAUCAGCUACCCGGCCCGGGCACGCCGCAUCAUCGCCGGCGUCCUGACCCUGGCGCUGACAUCAGGCGUGCCCUUCUUCUGGUGGUCAGACAUGUGGCGGGUCAGCAGCCCGCCCGGGAUCUUGGACUCCGCCCUGAUCUGGGCCCAUGUGGUCAUCAUCUACUUCCUGCCGUGCGGCAUCUUCCUGGUGCUCAACUCGCUGAUCGUGUUGAGGCUUCGACGGCGGCAUCGCCAGCGAAGCUGCCAAGGGGAGGGCGGGCAGAAGGUGCCUGCCGGGGCCGGCAGGCUGGGGAAGACCACGGCCAUGCUGCUGGCUGUCACCUCCGUGUUCACGGUGCUGUGGGCCCCGCGGACCACGGUGAUGCUCUAUCACCUGUACGUGGCGUCUGUUUACCGGGACUGGCGUGUGCACCUGGCCUACGACCUGUCCAACAUGCUGGCCAUGCUCAACACUGCUGUCAACUUCUUUCUCUACUGCUUCGUCAGCAAGGCCUUCAGGGGUGUAGUCAGGGAUGUGCUCCUCCUGAGGGGGGUGCCGUUGCACCCGCAAAGGCCUUUCCACCACCGGGCCACGUCGGCGAAUGUCUCCACCUCCUCCCUGUCCAGCAGCACCAAGCGCUCUCCCAGGGAUGGAGCCCCACUCUCAGCUCUUAGUACAGAGCUGAUCACGUAGCUCCAACCCCUGGAGCUUGGACGUCACACCGAGGUGCUGAGAACGACCUGAUUUCACGCUAGACAAAAAUACAUCAACCUUAACAGUGGACCAGGGUAUGCAAUCCUAAAAGAGUUGUAUCAUGAACAUGUUCAUAAAAUGUCUCCCAGAAAGUAUCAGCCUGAGUAUUACAUUUCUAUUAGUAAUUAGAAUCUUCUCCCUCUCAUGCGUUUUGGAAACCAGGCCCUGAUCUCUUCUAAAAUAUUAUUUGAGUUUAGCAGCUCCAGACUCAUCUUACCAAAAUACAAAUCAUAGGACCAAACUGACGCUGAGCCCACACCUCGUCUGCUGUCAUAGCAACAGCACUUUUCCUCCUCCUCCAAGAACACUGAGUAGAUGGACAGCUGCCAAUCAUACCUCCUCCUCUGCAGAGCAGCGUGUGGUCCGAAUGCAGCCUCGGUCU